UUUCCACCUCUAUUUGUGUGCGAAGAAAGAGCCAGCAGAAGAAGGAGGGGAGAAAAGGCCACUUCUUGGGCAGGGUGCAAGGUCUCCAUCUGACCUCUGUGCCUUACACCACACGCGCACGCACACACAAUCACGCCUGUCACGCGGCUCUGAGCUGAGUCCGGGCUGGCCACCGCCUUGAGCUGGCCUGGACCAGAGCAAGACUCCCACCCCUCUACGAUCUGACAGCGCAGGGAGACAUCUAAUUGAGCCAUCUUCCAGGUGAGCUUUGAGGACAGAUUUUUUUUUUUUUUCCCCAAAAGUUGUGGAUCGCUUGGUUGAAUAUCAGCCCAUACUUGGGCCACCGCACCCGAGAGUUUGGCCGCGCAGUCCAACCAAUCUCGCCAGGAGGGCCAGAGGGGCUUUGCGCUACUACCUCUACAGAGUGUGAAAUUAAAUAAGACCUUAAGACUGGUAAUCGGUGGCAAAUACCAGCAGCUCAAAACACUCCUGACCCCAUGUCACACAUUUCCCUCCUCAAGGGUCUUGCUUUGAAAGAUUAAGCAAGAAAACCCAACUGAGAAUUCUUGAAUGUCUUCAGACUGGAAAACCCAAACCCGCACUGGGCUUCCUUUCGUGGAGACCUUACAGCACCUCCAGUUUCCCUGAACUGACCACCCUGAUGUUUUUCUGGAUGGGAAAUUUCUGUGAGGGAGGUUAGGAAGUCCUAGAAAUUUCUAGAACCAGUCAAAGAAGAGUGUGUGCGUGGGGAACACAAGGGUAGUGCUCAACCUGCAAAAUACAUAGGAUUACUUUCAACCCCUUCUUUAUCUAUACUACCAGUAUCUGUGCAACCACAAGUUUUUUUGUAGAUUGUCUCCCAAGUUGCCCACCACCAUCACCACCACUGUUUCCAUUGAAAAGUGUUUCUUGGUUUCCCACUACUUGCUUUUCACCAUCUAGACUUUUCAUGUUGGCAUACUCGUACCAUCCAUGGAGUGAAUUCUGUGGGCCUGAGAAGGGCGUCAGCCAAGCUCACCAUGUGUGAAGUGACUAGGAGAUCGGGAGAGAGUUGAAACUCUGGAAAGAUGCAAAGAAAUGCCUUACUGGCUAAGCUGAUGGUUGGGGGAGGCAUUAUAUAUUAUGUAUGUGCAUAUCUAGAUAGACGAUUGAUUGAUUGUUAGAUAUGGUUAUGUUCUUACUUUAACCAGAGAUCUCCAGAUAAUUGUCUUUAUUUUCCACUUGAUUUUGCAAUGGGUAGAUACAGUAUAAGAUUCUUUAUCUUUUUAGGCUUUUAGGCUGUCUGGAGAUCACCAGUACUUCCAAUAUCUCCCACAAUUUGGCACUAUGAGGAGCUGUCACUUGCUCUUGGGUGUUUCAACCACUUUGGAAGCUGAUUUGGAGACUAGGUCUUUCAUAUGUGUAUUUGCCGUGAUGUGAGUUCUGUCAGUCAACAGAGCCAUGGAGUUUAAAAUCAAAAUUCUGUGGGUUUAAUGAGAGAUGGGCUUCCAUAUCUAUAUGGUUCUGUGGAGCUUCUCAGCUCUCCUGAGUAAGGAGUUUUAAGAAACACCCAGAGCCUCCACCAAAAAUUGCAGCUCCGGGGUUUGACUCUCAAAGAAACUAAUACUAAGAAAGAAAUUAUGUUCACUAUGGUGGGGAGUUUUUCAUUCUUUCAUGUGAUGGAGUUUCUUCAUGAAAUGAAGCUUUAUGGGUUUGGUAUUUUGGGGAUUGCAGCUAUGCUGAGGUCUAAAAAGAAGAAACUGGAAUAUGAUUAGUAAACACAUUGGGCAGAAAAGAGCUGGAUUCAUAUUGACUUAGUUAUAGGUCAUCGGCUGGCAGUGCAAUGGGAGGAAAUAUUUACUUUACACAUAUACUUUAUGAUCUUGGGGGAAUUAGAGGAAAUUCAAUAAGAAAAUGGCUAGAAACAUUUAAAACCCUUAUUUAAAAGACUUAAGCAAAUUAGAGUCUUACCAGAUUAAAAACCACUACAAAUGUAAGAGCAUUGUCUUCGGUGAAAUGCUGUGGGGUCUGAGGAGAUUCUCCGCCAAAUCUCAGGGAUAAAAUGCGUCAUUUAAGCACCAGAUAAUGAGCAGAAUGUAAAUUAAUUUAACCUUCUUUACCAACAGGCUGCUGGUGUAAUAUGUAUAAUUUAGUGAUAAGAUUGCAGGACCUAAUAUAGCUGGAUGUAUGAGCCUUAGCUAAUGCAGACCUGUCACAUGAGGAUGUGUUCUGCACUGAGCAGGUGUGUGUAUGCUUGAAAUGGGGUAAACUGGAAUAAAAGGUUAAAACCAGAAAUGCUGAUUUUAAAUCUUACUAUAAAGAAAAUUCCUCCUUGCAGCUAUAUUUUUCUUAAAGUAGGAUGAUACUUCUGGGGAGAGACUGAAGAACAAUUCUCAUUUGGUUCUUUGGAUGACUCUCAAGCAUGUUUAAAAUGGGGGAGGAGUUGCAGAUAGGGUUUGGCCCGGAGAGCCAGGCAAAGGAGAGACACAUAGGUUACAAACAUAUUUGUAGUCUGCUUCAUCCACUCUGACCCAGACUGCUUACGUUUCCCAAUCUUGUGAACAAGGACAAGGAGGGAGUUUUCUGGAGAUACCUCCUACUGGUGUUACAAAUCAUUGACUGUAAUGUCAAACAAAUACACAUUCAGGGAUGAUAACACUAACUCCACAAUAAAGCAAUCACCAAUGCAGAAACCCAAAGGAGAUUAGUUUGUGCUCUCCUGAUGACCUAAGCAGAGGACAAAAGGACUUUCCAAAAAUCAUUUUGAAUGAUGUUUGUAUUUCUUUAUUUGGAAAUUAAAGUUUUUUGGAAUAUAGUGUUGUAAAGAGUUGGAUGUCCCCAAAGAUGGCUUUUUUCUUCUUUUUUAAAAAAUAAGUGAUUAAGGCUUUGCUUUUCCUAGCUGAGUAUUCUGCUAGGUUUUUACCCUUCGCCCCCACCCUACUGCCUCUGCCUGCUUGGACUUUAAAGAUUCAACAGCCUUGAGCUCCCUAGGAAAAGAAAAUGACUUAAAAAUUAUCCUUGAAAUUGGUUAUUUGGCAACAUUCUUAAUUGUAUGGAAAUUCAUUAAAGCAUAUUUUAUAUAUAAUUAGCUCAAGGUUGUUGAUUCUGCGGGCUUUAUGGAUUUGAAUCUGAUUGAUAAUAAAGUAAACAAGAGAGUCGAAUUUAAAGCGGGCUCUCUCUAGGGUUAGGACAAGCUUAAUACAGUGUACAAGGAAUUUGAAAGAUCUAGGAUAUGUGUCUUAAUCAACGCUAAGUAGAAUGGAUAAGCUUUCAGCAUUUUGAAAAUGCUGGGUUAGGGUUUCUAUUCUAUAGUGUAUUCUCUGUCUGGGGACUAAUAAGCAUUACAGAGAACGUGAUCUGAGGCGACUUUUUAUUCUUGUAUAAAUCCAGAGUGAACCACCAAACAGUUGUUCGUUUAAAGUCAAGGUAAUUUUCUUUUGACGGGUCCAUUUGCUUCUCGAUUUCUAAUUUAUUAGCCUGCCUUCUCAGGGCUUUGUCUUCUUUGCAAUUAAAGUAAAGCUUCUUCAGAUUAGCGCAGCAUUCACUUGACAGCCUGUUUGGAAAAUUUAAGCUCGGAGAGGUGAUUUGUUGCUGUUUUUUAAAUUUUCUGGUUUUAAGUAGCAUGUCUCCUUUUCAUCCAGGAAGAGAAAAACAUCUCUCAAUUGGAAUUGGUUGUAGUGAGAUACAAAAGGAAGGGGUGGGGAGGCUUGUUGAUCCUUGUACCUUUCAGCCCUCGACCUUUCCGUUCCUUUCUUCCGAGCCUUUUACUCCCGGCCUCACCUCUCUACCUCCCCGCCUGAACUAAAAGCCGGACGGUCUUCGGCCGGGGCAGAGCAGAAUUCCCGGGCGCCGGCGGGUGUAGACUUGGUGGGCACAGUGAGGUAUUAGCCCGGCCCCACACAGCUGAUAGGUGCAGACAGGGCUGUCCCUCCGCCGCGGCUCGGGGUCUCCUGAUUGGUGCGGAGCCACGUCACUCCCGCUGGGCGAAGGGUCUGGGAGGAGUCGGAGGCGGGGAAGGUUGGGAGGGCCGCGGCAAAGUGACGUCUGGGCGCCAGGAAGCCCGCCUCUGGUUUUAAGAUGUUAGGCCAACAGGGAAGCUCGGAGCCGCAGAGCUGGUCCGUCGCUCGCCCAGGUGCCGGGAGUUGAGCUGCUGCGAGUCCGUGCUCGGGCUCGACGGCCCGAGGGGGUGUGCGUGUGCGCGCCGCGGAGGGUGCGCCCAGAGGCCCGCGCCGCUGCCGCUGCCGCAGCCGCAGCUACCGCUGCGGGGGAUCUAAUAUCAGCUACCUGUCCCUGUCACUCUUGACACUUCGCUGUCAGGGCUGCCGCGCGGGGGGCGGGCAGAUCGCGAACGCCGUUAGCUUUCCUUAUUGGAGGGGUACUUGGGGGAGGGAGGGAGGGAAGAAAGGGGUCUUUGCCCACUCUGGUUUCUCUUUGGAGCUUGGAAGCCUGCUGCCCAAAGACGCUCCGAGCUGUGCCCUCCUACCCACAUCCCCAUGUCUCCGUUUGCCCGCUGACUUUCCGCCGCCGGACCCUUUCGCUAGAACCUUCUGAAGGAGAGGGGGACAGGGACAGCUCGGUUCAAAGACUCAGCAGGGGUUGUGCUCCCUGGCUUUGCCCGCGGCGGCCACAGCGGAGAAACUCCGCGCCUAUAGCGCAAAGCCGAGCAGGCGGCGGCGGCGGCCACGGGGUUUCGGCCGGACGGCAGCCCAGGACUUGUAGGGCGGCGCGCUCCUUCGUCCAUGAACUGCAUGAAAGGCCCGCUGCACUUGGAGCACCGAGCAGUAGGGACCAAGCUGUUGGCCACCUCCUCGUCUUCCUCCUGUCACCAUCCCCAGCCACUGGCCAUGGCUUCAGUCCUGGCUCCCGGUCAGACCCGCUCCCUGGACUCUUCCAAACACAGGCUGGAGGUGCACACCAUCUCUGACACCUCCAGCCCCGAGGCCGCAGAGAAAGAUAAGAGCCAGCAGGGAAAGAAUGAGGACGUGGGCACCGAAGACCCGUCCAAGAAGAAGCGGCAACGGCGGCAGCGCACUCACUUCACCAGCCAGCAGCUGCAGGAACUGGAGGCCACUUUCCAGAGGAACCGCUACCCGGACAUGUCCACGCGCGAGGAAAUCGCCGUGUGGACCAACCUCACGGAAGCCCGAGUUCGGGUUUGGUUCAAGAAUCGCCGGGCCAAAUGGAGAAAGCGGGAGCGCAACCAGCAGGCCGAGCUGUGCAAGAAUGGCUUUGGGCCGCAGUUCAACGGUCUUAUGCAGCCCUACGACGACAUGUACCCGGGCUAUUCCUACAACAACUGGGCCGCCAAGGGUCUCACGUCAGCCUCUCUGUCCACCAAGAGCUUCCCUUUCUUCAACUCUAUGAACGUCAACCCCCUGUCGUCGCAGAGCAUGUUCUCCCCACCCAAUUCCAUCUCCUCCAUGAGCAUGUCGUCCAGCAUGGUGCCCUCAGCUGUGACCGGUGUCCCGGGCUCCAGCCUCAAUAGCCUGAAUAACUUGAACAACCUGAGCAGCCCGUCGCUGAAUUCCGCGGUGCCGACGCCCGCCUGUCCUUACGCGCCGCCGACUCCUCCGUACGUUUACAGGGACACGUGUAACUCGAGCCUGGCCAGCCUGAGACUGAAAGCAAAGCAGCACUCCAGCUUCGGCUACGCCAGCGUGCAGAACCCGGCGUCCAACCUGAGUGCUUGCCAGUAUGCGGUGGACCGGCCGGUGUGAGCCUCGCCCACAGCACCCGGAUCCUAGGACCGUGCCGGAUGGGGCAACUCUGCCCUUGAAAGACUGGGAAUUACGCGAGAAGGUCGUGGGCACUAAAGAAGGGGAGAGAAAGAGAAGAUAUAAAGAGAAAAGGAAACCACUGAAUUAAAGAGAGCUCCUUUGAUUUCAAAGGAAUUUCCUCAAUGUCUGACAUCUUUCACUAAAAGUAUUUCCGACAGUUGCAAGGACACACACAAAUGUUUGACUGGAUAUGACAUUUUAACAUUACUAUAAGCUUGUUAUUUUUUAAGUUUAGCAUUGUUAACAUUAAAAUGACUGAAAGGAUGUAUAUAUAUCGAAAUGUCAAAUUAAUUUUAUAAAAAGCAGUUGUUAGUACUAUCACAACAGUGUUUUUAAAGGUUAGGCUUUAAAAUAAAGCAUGUUAUUCAGAAGCGAUUAGGGUUUUUCGCUUGUGAGCAAAGGAAUGUACAUACUAAAUGCCACACUGUAUGUUUCUAACAUAUUAUUAUUAUAAAAUAAUGUGUGAAUAUCAGUUUUAGAAUAGUUUCUCUGGUGGAUGCAAUGAUGUUUCUGAAACUGCUAUGUACAACCUACCCUGUGUAUAACAUUUCGUACAAUAUUAUUGUUUUACUUUUCAGCAAAUAUGAAAAAUGUGUUUUAUUUCAUGGGAGUAAAAUAUACUACAUACAAA